CUCGUCUGCUAAAGCCUGAAAGUUACAUUGAAGGUCUCACUUUCAUGGGUGAUGCGCCAAAAAAAAGACUUUUGGAAAAGCUAAAGGGAAACCCACCAUCGUAUUUCAAUCCGGACGCUGUGCAGUUUUCUCAUUUGAGUAAGAGACCGAUUCCCUAAGUCAGCACGCAACUAUUCCUGAAUAACAAUCGAAGGAAUCACUCGUGUCUGCACUGCGUUAGUAUUGCUCUUCCGUGCGAAAAUGCAAUUUUGAGAAAUUACAUGAAUUAAAAAUCAUACGCACCGGCUAUGCAACCCGGGCGUUUGAAGCCAGUCUGAAUCGUUCGAAUCAGACUUCGGAUUCGGAGCAUGGUCCGAUAAGUGGACGACAGAAAAGAGACAAAAAGUAAGAAAUAAAGAGCUUAAUAGAGAUUUGGAAAACUUUCAGUUGUUUGUGGGGACAUCUGCCUCUCGCGUCCAAGUGUCCCGCCGAGCCGUGCGGAGUCUCCAGCUCAGGCCGGCAGCGCUGACAUGCUGCCCAAAGUCGAUACUGAAUCACUGGGACUCUCUCGAUCGUAUGGAGAACAAGGGCGCAUGCCAAGGAAUAUGCAAGCCCACCAGUUCAAAAUGAUGGACUACACCUAUGACGAAGACUUGGACGAGAUGUGUCCCGUUUGCGGAGACAAGGUUUCAGGGUAUCACUACGGACUACUGACCUGCGAGAGCUGCAAGGGCUUCUUCAAGCGCACCGUCCAGAACAACAAGCGCUACACAUGUAUAGAGAACCAGAGCUGCCAGAUUGACAAGACCCAGAGGAAGCGCUGCCCGUACUGCCGCUUCCAAAAGUGCCUCACCGUCGGCAUGAAGCUAGAAGCUGUGCGGGCGGACCGCAUGCGAGGCGGCCGCAACAAGUUUGGCCCGAUGUACAAACGCGACCGGGCCCUCAAGCAGCAAAAGAAGGCGCUGAUCCGAGCCAACGGCCUGAAGAUUGAGGCCAUGACUCAGGUGAUGCAAGCCGUGCCCACCGACCUCACCAUCUCCUCAGCCAUCCAGAACAUCCACUCGGCCGCAUCCAAGGGCCUUCCACUGAGCCACCACCCGGGCCACCACACAGGCCACCACCACCACCACCACCAUCAUCAUCAUGCAACCGCCUUGCCCCCCACAGACUACGACCGCAGUCCAUUUGUUACUUCGCCGGUCAGCAUGGCAAUGCCACCACACGCCGGCAGCCUGCAGGGCUACCAGGCGGCCUAUGGACACUUCCAGGGCACGCGCACCAUCAAGUCUGAGUACCCAGACCCGUAUACCAGCUCGCCGGAGUCAAUCAUGGGCUACACCUACGUCGAUGCCUACCAGACAGGCUCGCCGCCCGGCUUCCCUCACUUGAUCGUGGAGCUGCUCAAGUGUGAGCCAGACGAGCCACAGGUUCAGGCCAAGAUCAUGGCCUACCUGCAGCAGGAGCAGGCCAGCCGAAACAAACACGAGAAGCUCAACACCUUCGGCCUCAUGUGCAAGAUGGCCGACCAGACGCUCUUCUCCAUCGUGGAGUGGGCACGCAGCAGCAUCUUCUUCCGUGAACUCAAGGUAGGUUUUGCACGAUCCGUGUGAUGAGAGGGAUUACAUUUGUAAGUGAGGAAAAUAUUCAUGCGUUAUCUUAUUUUCAUGGUUCUGGCAAUCCUUCCUAUUAAUUAUGAGCAUGCUACUAUUUAAUCUUUAAUUCUAUUUGCAGAUGCUCUGCAGGCCUUCAAUAAGUCAUCCUGCAUUUUGUUUCAAUGAUAAAUCUUUCACCACGUUGUCAUCCAUAAUUGACAGUACUUUACACAGUUCAUGAACAUCAGGUGCUCAAUCCUUUAUCUUCAAUAGGCCUUUAAUCUUCCUCUUUC